AACCCAAACAUGCAAUCUUUGUGGAAAUUAAAAAACUAAAGUAAGACGUCGAUUCGCUUGUGUUUUUAAUGUGAAUAUUUAGAGGGCGGAGCGCGUUGCACUACUUGUCGCGGUACAACCUCUUCCGGUUCUCUUUCCAGCUUCCCGUGCAACAUGACUAAGAAAAGGAGGAAUAACGGUCGUGCCAAGAAGGGCCGUGGGCACGUGCAGCCCAUCCGCUGCACCAACUGUGCCCGCUGUGUCCCCAAGGACAAAGCCAUCAAGAAGUUUGUCAUCAGGAACAUAGUGGAGGCUGCUGCCGUGAGAGACAUCUCAGAGGCCAGUGUCUUUGACUCUUAUGUUUUGCCCAAGCUCUAUGUGAAGCUUCACUACUGUGUCAGCUGUGCCAUCCACAGUAAGGUGGUAAGGAACCGCUCCUGUGAGGCCAGGAAAGACCGAACCCCUCCACCCAGAUUCAGGCCCGCUGCUGGUGCACCAAGAGCUCCUCCAAAGCCCAUGUAAAGCAGAUUGUGAAGAUGCUGUAACAGCCUAAAGAAUAAACAAAUCUUUACAAAAA